CGGCGGCUUACCUUCCGUCUUCCUUCAGCCUGUGGCCUCUUUUCUUGGAUCGCACAGCAAUGGCGGAGCAACAGCAGUUCUACCUCUUACUGGGCAACCUGAUGAGCCCUGACAACAACAUCAGGAAGCAGUCAGAGGAGACCUACGACAACAUCCCGGGUCAGACGAAGAUCACAUUAUUGCUCCAGGCCAUCCGAGAUGCAUCCGCCGCGGAGGAGGUCAGGCAGAUGGCAGCGGUGCUGCUGCGCCGGCUGCUGUCCUCCUCCUUCGACGAGAUCUACCCCGGCCUGCCGCCCGACAUGCAGACGGCCAUCAAGACCGAGCUGCUGAUGGGCAUCCAGAGCGAGGCCUCGCCCAACAUUCGCAAGAAGAUCUGCGACAUCGCCGCCGAGCUCACCCGCAACCUCAUCGAUGACGAUGGCAAUAACCAGUGGCCUGAGGUCCUGAAGUUCCUGUUCGACUCUGUCAAUUCUCAAAGCGUGGGCCUGCGAGAGUCCGCCCUGCACAUUUUCUGGAACUUCCCAGGAAUCUUUGGGAACCAGCAGCAGCACUACCUGGAGGUGAUCAAGCGCAUGUUGGUCCAAUGUAUGCAGGACCAGGAGAACCCACCGAUCCGCACCCUUGCGGCCAGAGCAGCAGCCUCCUUCGUGCUGUCUAACGAGAACAACACAGCCCUCCUAAAGCACUUCUCUGACCUGCUGCCUGGCAUCCUGCAGGCUGUGAAUGAGUCAUGCUACCAGGGAGAUGAUUCGGUGCUGAAGUCACUGGUGGAGAUCGCAGACACAGCGCCCAAGUACCUGAGGCCCAACCUGGAGGCCACACUGCAGUUGAGCCUGAAGCUGUGUGCAGACACCAACCUUACGAACAUGCAGCGGCAGUUGGCUCUGGAGGUGAUCGUCACUCUGUCAGAGACCGCAGCCGCCAUGCUGAGGAAGCACACCAACAUUGUGGCACAGAGCGUCCCCCAGAUGCUGUCCAUGAUGGUGGAUCUGGAGGAGGACGAGGAGUGGGCCAUGGCGGACGAGCUGGAGGACGACGACUUUGACAGUAACGCCGUGGCAGGCGAGAGCGCCCUGGACAGGAUUGCCUGCGGGCUGGGAGGGAAGUUCGUCCUUCCCAUGAUCAAACAGCACAUCAUGCAGAUGCUGCAGAACCCGGACUGGAAGUACCGCCACGCUGGCCUCAUGGCCCUUUCUGCCAUCGGAGAGGGCUGCCACCAGCAGAUGGAGGCCAUCCUCAACGAGAUUGUCAGCUUUGUGCUGCUCUUCUGUCAGGACCCUCAUCCCAGAGUCCGCUACGCCGCAUGCAACGCCAUUGGGCAGAUGGCCACAGACUUCGCCCCCACCUUCCAGAAGAAAUUCCACGACAAGGUGAUCUCCGCCCUGCUCCAGACCAUGGAGGACCAGAGCAACCCCCGCGUGCAAGCGCACGCCGCCGCCGCCCUCAUCAACUUCACGGAGGACUGCCCCAAGGCCCUGCUCAUCCCUUACCUGGACAACCUGGUGCAGCACCUGCACGUCAUCAUGGUGGCCAAACUGCAGGAGCUGAUCCAGAAAGGCACCAAGCUGGUUCUGGAGCAGGUGGUGACGUCCAUCGCGUCGGUGGCGGACACGGCGGAGGAGAAGUUCGUGCCAUACUACGACCUGUUCAUGCCAUCGCUGAAGCACAUCGUGGAGAACGCCGUGCAGAAGGAGCUGCGGCUGCUGCGCGGGAAGACCAUCGAGUGCAUCAGCCUCAUCGGCCUGGCCGUGGGCAAGGAGAAGUUCAUGCCUGAUGCCUCAGCCGUGAUGCAGCUGCUCUUGAAGACCCAGACUGACUUCAACGACCUGGAAGAUGAUGAUCCACAGAUAUCCUACAUGAUCUCAGCGUGGGCCCGUAUGUGUAAGAUCCUGGGGAAGGAGUUUCAGCAGUACCUGCCUGUGGUCAUGGGCCCGCUAAUGAAGACGGCCUCAAUUAAGCCUGAGGUGGCCCUGCUAGACACCCAGGACAUGGAGAACAUGUGUGAAGAUGAUGGCUGGGAGUUUGUGAAUCUGGGUGACCAGCAGAGUUUUGGCAUUAAGACCGCCGGGCUGGAGGAGAAGGCCACAGCCUGCCAGAUGCUGGUCUGCUAUGCUAAGGAGCUGAAGGAAGGCUUUGUGGAGUACACAGAGCAGGUGGUGAAGCUGAUGGUCCCCUUGCUCAAGUUCUACUUCCAUGAUGGCGUGCGGGUGGCGGCGGCCGAAUCCAUGCCCCUGCUGCUGGAGUGUGCGCGGGUGCGGGGGCCCGAGUACCUCACCCAGAUGUGGCACUUCAUGUGUGACGCCCUCAUCAAGGCCAUCGGCACCGAGCCGGACUCCGACGUCUUAUCUGAGAUCAUGCAUUCCUUUGCCAAGUGUAUUGAGCUGAUGGGAGAUGGCUGCCUGAACAAUGAGCACUUUGAGGAGCUGGGCGGGAUAUUGAAGGGGAAGCUGGAGGAGCACUUUAAAAACCAGGAGCUGAGACAAGCCAAAAGACAGGAUGAAGAUUAUGAUGAACAGGUGGAGGAGACAUUACAAGAUGAGGAUGAAAAUGACGUGUACAUCCUGACAAAGGUGUCGGAUAUCCUGCACUCCGUGUUCAGCAGUUACAAAGAGAAGGUGCUGCCCUGGUUCGAGCAGCUGCUGCAGCUCAUAGUCAAUCUCAUUUGUCCUCACAGGCCCUGGGCAGACAGACAGUGGGGCCUGUGUAUAUUUGAUGACGUGGUGGAGCACUGCAGCCCCUCCUCCUUCAAAUACGCGGAAUACUUCCUGCGGCCCAUGCUGCAGUCUCUGUGUGACUCCAGCCCAGAGGUGCGGCAGGCAGCGGCCUACGGCGUGGGAGUCAUGGCCCAGUUCGGCGGAGAGAACUACAGACCCUUCUGCACAGAGGCCAUUCCUCUUCUGGUUGGCGUGAUCCAGGCAGCCGACUCAAAGUCCAAAGAGAACAUCAACGCCACAGAGAACUGCAUCUCAGCCGUCGGCAAGGUGAUGAAGUUCAGGCCAGAGUGUGUCAGUGUCAACGAGGUCCUUCCUCAUUGGCUCUCCUGGCUGCCUCUCAAUGAAGACAAGGAGGAAGCUGUACACACAUUCAACUAUCUUUGUGACCUUAUUGAAAGCAACAACCCCAUCGUCCUUGGACCUGACAACUCAAAUCUCCCCAAGAUCUUCUCAAUCAUUGCUGAUGGAGUCGUCAACGAGUCCAUCAAACGUGAAGAUGGAUGUAGCAAACGGUUGGCAAAUGUCGUUCGUCAAGUACAGGUGUCUGGAGGACUGUGGACGCAGUGUGUAUCGACGCUGAAUGAGACACAGCAGAAGGCAAUCCAGGACCUGCUGAACACUGCUUGAAAGGCCUUAACCAUCUAUGUACACCUGUAAAACCCUGCUCCUGAUAGUCCUAUGUACCCCAUACCCCCUUUUCGAGCAAUGGACUGUAGCAUGUGUGGAUCCCAAGUGCGGCCUGCUCCCAGCUCCCCCCGGUCCGCUGUGGAGCGCAGGUCUGCGUGUGUGAUUGAGUCCCGCCUGGCGGGGCCCCCGAGACACAACCACCCUACAGUACUGACACUUAAAAGAGUAUUUUUCUAUCCGAGCGUCACCCUCAUCUCGGUGAAAGGGAAAGAAAAAGAUGAAUUAAUCAGUCAUCCAUUUUACUGUUAGGAAUAAUAAAUAUCUGGUCUUUGCAUUGUAUUUUUUUUCCUUCUGAUCAGUUACUCAUGUAGGUGUGCAAUGUAACAGUGUAAGCAUUUCUGUUCACCUAGUGUAAACUGUGCUAAUAGGAGGGUGCGCAUUAGAGAGCCAAGACUCCUUCACUCUGAGUAUGGACAGGAGAGAUGGAGGGCUGUGUGGCAGGGGUGACCACCUCCUGCUGGGACGUCUUGGGUUUUUUUUUUUUUUUUUUUAUUUUGUUUUUUUUUGUUUUUGUUUUUUUCUAGACCAGCCCAUUUUGCUCUCGGAGGGAUGGCUCCACGUGCAAAAGCUGUUUGGCCAGCUUUCCGAUACAGCUCUGAAAGUUAACGGCAUGUCUGGCAGUAGCUCGUUCACUCCAUGAAAUAAACAGUGAUGGGAAAA